UAUUCGCAUCGAGCUUGUGUAGUUGCCUGCUCGUUGCUGCGGCUCAUGUCUUGUGAGAUGUAGAGCUAGUAAUUUGAUCCAUAAUUUGGCAGUGCUGUACUUCACGUUGAUAGCAAUGGAUGAGAUGAGCGACGAAGCGAGGAAAGAUGGAAUUCGUACUUCUAAGAAGUAGCCACUUUAGGAACCCGUGCACACGGAACUUCGCAGAAGUGUCUGUCUUCAGGUUAAAAUUGGUGCAUGCAUGAUCGUUAGUGAAAUGUAGGCCUACACGGCGGUGUCCGGGCGAGCUACAGCUGUUUCUAGCUGAAGCUGUGGAGGCAGUGCAAACAUCUUAACCUGCCAAGAUGAACAUAAUGCGCAAGCUGCUGGUGGGCCAUCAGGGCCGAGGUGCAGCCGCCGCGGAGGAUGGAGCACAGAGUUCGCAACACACGGCCCUGGGCUUGAUGCAUCUGCACAAGCUCUUUGCAGAGCUCUCACACCCAACCCACCCGCUCACCCAGCAACAACAAGAGCAGCAACUCUACAAUAUGCUCCCACUUUUCUGCAAGGUAUUUGAGAACAGCCCUGCUGCGGAUAUUAUUGACAAAUUCAGCGAUGUGCUAGCAUUCUCGAAGCUAGUUUCCAAGCUCAUGGUUUCCGAGAUACGGAGACGGGCUUCAAAUCAAAGUACAGAGAGUGCGAGCAGUGCCAUUGCACAAUUCCUGGAAAUUGAGAGCACAGAGGAGCAGAGCCGCGGUUGGAUGCUGCUGGCCACCAUGAACCUGCUGGCCAGUGGUGGGGCCCCACUGGUGGAGGUGAUGACUUCGAGUGCAUUGCCGUCUACGUUGGUCAAGUGCCUCUACCUGUUCUUCGACCUGCCACAACUGCGUGACCCUGACCGGCUGGAGCCCCACUGCGAGUUCACACCUCGUGAGCGCCGGAUCCUGCUCCAAAAGGUGUUCGUUCAGGUCUUAGUGCGGCUGUGCAGCCACCCUGCUCCUGCAGAGGAGUUGGCACGGAAGGACGACCUGACGCUGCUUUUCAGCGCCAUUACCACCUGGUGUCCACCGUACAACAAUGUGUGGCGCAAGAGUGCCUCUGAAGUGCUCAUGACACUGUCUCGACAUGGUCUCACCGCUCCUGUUGUCAAUUACAUCCACAGCAAAGGUUGUGUGGCCCUGUGUGUAGAAAAUGUGCAGCGAGUGCAAGAACUUUCCCCGUUAGAAGUUGUAGAAAUGUUCGUCACCAUUUUCUGCUUCCUGAAGGAUUCAAGUGAAGUUUCGCAGUUGCUUCUUGAUGACUUCCGAUCUUGCCAAGGAUACGUGUUCCUCUCUGAAUUUCUCCUAAGACUGGAGCAAAAUAGCUCUCAGGAAGCUUGUGAAGCACUGAGAAACCUUGCUGUACUAAUGACAUCGCUCACUACUUGUGGCUACUAUGAGCUGAAGCCUAGCCAAGCCAGCACAGGUUCACUUUUCCAAAUCCCCGGUUUUACGUUACCACAGCCGUCUGGCAAAGGUACAAGCGUCAGAAAUAUUCAAGCAUUCCAAGUGCUUCAGACUGUUUUUCCAAAAGCUCAGACCGUUCACUUGUCAUCCCUGCUUCUUGAUGCCAUCAGCACCAUCUAUCAUUCGGACAAAGCAAAUUACUUCAUUCUAGAGUCCAGCCAUCCUUUGUCACACUUUUCUGAGAAGAUCCAUCUCAAAACUUCAGAAAUACAGGAAAAGUUCUUCAAGCUUCUGGAGUUCAUUGUCAUAGACCUGAAGUUUGUUCCUUGCAAAGAACUAAUCAGCCUUAGCAUCCUUCUGAAAACUAACAGCUCUGUGUCCUGUUCCAUCAUAUGCCUGCAUACACUGGCCAGGAUCCUGCAAUAUAAUGCUGUAUUCAAGGACGUUUAUCGUGAAGUGGGACUGCUGGAAGUCCUAGUCACAUGCCUGCAUCGCUAUGCAACUGUGCUCAAGGAGGCCUUCCCCGACGGCGCCGCAGAGCCUGUUGCAAAAGUUCCUAUUCCUGAUGAACAGCAACAAAUGGGCUCUCUGGUCAUGGAGACUCUCACUGUUCUCUUGAAUGGCAAUUCAAACAAUGCAAGUGUGUUCCGAGAGUGUGGCGGUGCCCGGUGUGCCCACAACCUGGUGCCGUACCGGCUGUGUCGACAGCAAGCACUGGCUGUGGUGCAGCAACUGGUGCUGAGCAAUGGCGGGGACGAUGACAUGGGUACCCUGCUGGGGCUCAUGCACACAGCACCACCUCUGGCUCUUGACCUCAAGAACCACAUCCUAAAGUCGCUUCUGUUUGUGCUUCGGGAGAGCCAUCGAACCCGAACUGUUUUUCGGAAAGUAGGCGGCUUUGUCUAUGUUAUGUCAGUCCUUGUUUCUAUGGAAGGAUGCCUGGCUGAUCCUCCAAGGGAGCCAUGGAACACAGUUGAGAAAAAACAAAUAAUUUCCCUCCUACGGACUGUUUUUAGCACCAUGACUGUUGCCAUGCGGUAUGAACCAGCCAAUGCCAAAUUCUUUGCCACAGAGAUCUGUCAAACAAGCCUUGCAGAUACUGUGAGACUGCUUGGCUGUUUUACGAACAACACGGACAUUUGUCCCGUCGACACUAGCUUCGUGCCAAUGGAAGAAAACCUAUUUCAUGCUGUGUUUACUGGCCAAAAUGAUUCCAGUCUUGACCUGACCAAGGUACCAACAUCCCUCAUCUCAGCCUUGGUGGUUAUCCGGUUGUUGUAUGACAUGGCCCUUGACUCUUUUGACAAGCCCAUGGCCUUGACCAAGCUGGUGACCUGCCCCCCAACCCUGCAUUGUACGGUGGAGGUUCCCAAGAAGCCAUCUGAGACCACAGGCAAAGGCAGCCCUCAGGCCAAGAAGCCUGUGCUGGCCACACUCAACCUUUCGGCACCAAGCCCAGACCCCCUCAUUGUACACCCUGGAGUGGUCGUGGCCAUGUUACACCUUGUCCCUUCCAUUGCCGAUGGCAAUGAUUCCCAGUGGUUGCAGAUAGAGCUGACGCUGCAGCUGUACCUGGCAGAGGUGUUGCGAUCGCUGGUGCGCUCGGAGCGCAACCAACAGGUUAUGUGUGAGGCUGGCCUGCCUGGGGAGAUGCUGCAGCGCUGUCGGCCUGCCCUCGAAGAUGAGCAGCAUCCGCUCCACCUGCCCCUGCAGUACAUGCUCGAGCGCCUUGCAGCACAGGCACUUGAGCCCAGGGACCUCCGCUCAUUUCUGCGACUCGGCUCUCCGUUAUGCUGCAACGCAUAUGAUGUGGGCAGCGAGUACAAGCGGCGAACAGGAGGCAGCGUCUGCCUAGCACGAGCCCAGUCGACACGGCUGACCAACCAGAAGGAUGGGGGCCCGGUUCCCUUGACCCGAAUCAAGACUCUCGUCUCCAUGACCACACCUCGGGACUGCCGACUGCAUGGCACACUGCUCACGCCUCCCUUUGUUGAGUUUGAGAUGGCCCCCGAGGGCUUCAGCUGCCUCUACCUGAGCAGCGUGGCCCCACAGAGUGCCUCGGGUGGCCCACCCAUGGUGGGUGUCUCCAUGGUGGGAGGUGCACCCGAGGGUGUCAUCGGAGGCAUAGGCACAGCUGGUGCUGACUGGGAGCCUGAAGUAAAGGAGGAAGGUUGCAUCCGGUUCUGGAGCCCCGAACUGCUGCAGGAAGGCCAGUGGCACCACGUGGUCAUCGUGCUCAACAGAGCUGUGCUCAAGAACAGCUCAGUCUCCAUAUAUAUCGAUGGCCAGCAUAUGUCCACCCAGAAGAUACCAUACAUCUCGCAAAACCCUGGUGGCGGCGCUGCGAACCUCACAGUGGCCUCUUCAGUGUACGGCUUCAUUGGAACUCCCCCACAGUUCCGUCACCCGUCGCGUCUCAUCUGGAAGCAGGGCCCUUGCCACAUGGUGGAAGAGGUGCUUUCGCCCCAGCUUAUUCACCAGGUCUACCUUUUGGGACCCAGCUAUGUGGGCAGCUUGCAAGCCCCUGUUAUGAUUGGCACAGAACCUAUGCCUCCUUUUCUUAGUGAAGAGAAGGUUGUUUUCGGUUUGAAUGCAACUGCAGUGUCUGUCAUGACUUUGGCCAAGAUCAGAAGAGUGUACAGUAAGACUGACUGCAAAUCAAUCGCUAAAAUGCUGGGCAUGUCAUCACACGAAAAUGCGACACCAAUCCGCAUUUUGCACAAUUCAGCAGCCCACUUGAGCGGACCGGCACGCUGUUUGGGUGGUGUUCUCAUUGGGUACCUCGGGGCACGAACCUUCAUCCCUCGACCUGUGGCUCUGACCAUUGAGAACAUUGGCGGUGUGUCUGUCCUGCUGGGAUUGGUGGCGAUGGCCCAGGAUGUUGAAGGGCUUUACGCCACUGUCAAAGCCCUGGUGUGUGUUGUGCGAAGCAAUAGAGCAGCCCAACAGGAGAUGGACCGCGUCAGGGGCUAUCAGACCCUGGCCAUGCUGUUGAAGAAGAAGAGUGCACUCCUGAACAGCCACAUUCUCCAUCUUGCUUUCUCAUUGGUUGGCACAGUGGACAGUGGGCGAGAAACUACUGUCAUUCCUAACAUGACUGCCUUUGAGGAUCUGCUGUGCACCCUUGAGGUAUGGCGUGAUGCACCAGGGGACCUACACAAGUCUCUCUAUGAGCACUUCUACGAGCUAAUUACAGAGUCGAGUGAGCAGAAGGCCAACCUGCGAAUCUUGCGUGACCUAGAGAUGGUGACCAGGGUGCUCAUGAUGUUGAGGGAUCCUUAUCUCAGCCCUUCAACUAUACGACUUCUUUGCAAUCUCCUCAAGACGCUCCUUCAGAACACCAACAGAAGUGGCGACAUUUUGAGGUUCGGCCAGUUUAUGGUGUCAACACUUCCAAACUCCAUGGUUUCUGAAAAGCCACUCAAUUUGAAAAGGGACGUGGAGGCUUCAGAAAAUGCAGCUCCAAUGGAUGAGACUGCACUCCUGAUACAUCAUGUGUGCCUGAGAAACCGUUGCCUGCACAUCUUGCACCUGAUGACUUAUCACGGUUCAAAAAAUGUUAAUGUUCCGUUCUGCGAGGAGAUAGCUCGAGUUCUGGGCAUGGACUGGCUAAUGCUUUUCAUGCAGAGCCAUUUGCAUCCAACCACAGUGGUGCUAGCCUUGCAGUGCCUCACAGUGUUUCUCAGCUGUCCGAACUUGAUGCAGCGCUUUCGUGAGGCUUCUCACAAUGGUGGCUGGCUCACCGAGACUGACCUUGUGCUCCAGAAUAGAACCACGGUUCUCCUGGGCUUUAAUGUGUCUACAGCCAACAACAAAGGCAGUGGGAGCCAGUCGAUCAGGAUAGAGGCAUACCAAGUUCCAGGUUUCCAGGAACUCCAGUGGCUCAUGUGUCAGCAUGUCACAGUGCCAGACAUAAAUUUCCUUCUUCUGGCCAUGCUGAUGGGACGCCCCGUCAGUCGCAUUCCAUGUGGUCUGCAGUUUUCACUGGACAACAUUUGGACGUUUCUGUUUGGCAUGCCACCUGGUCAUUGCGUCAUGGCACAAGGGGACAUCAACUUCGAGCUUGUUGUCGUCCUGUUGGCCAUGGUGCGAUGCAUUCUCAGCCAGCCACGAGGAGAGAACAUAACAGGUGUGGAUGACCAUCCUGUGACACUCAUCCAGUUUCUCAUGUACCUUUACAACAACCGACAAGAUUUUAUGAACAUGUGCAUGAGCUCGGACAUUCUGUGCGCCUUGUCAACCACACUGUUUCCAUUUGCAAAUGGCUUGAGCGAAGUCGCAUCUCCAGCAGACGAUUUUCAGAUAAUCUCAAACCCCAAAAGUUCCGAGUCUAACGCAGGUUUGUCGAAGCACGCAGCACGGAAAUACAUCAUGGACUUCCUCAGAGUCAUUGUAGUAGACAGCCUCUCCCUCGCUUUUCCUACAAAACAAGCACCUGUCAUUGACCUGGUUUUGGAAGCCUUUCCAAGCCAUGCAACCCUGAGUCAGCAAAAAGAAUAUGUGACAGAAAUCCUUUCAUCACUCAGAGAGCACUUGUUGGCAGCUGAUGUGUUGCUGGAUGACCAGACAGCCUUACCCAUAACAGCUGGUGGCAAAUACUCAAACAUUGCUCCGAAUAUUUUCUACCUGACAUCUUGCUUUGUUGAUAAGCUCUGGCAAGGUGUUUACACCAGGGAUCCCCAUGAAAUUUUGGAUUUUAUCAUUAAACUUCUUGGCCAGGUCAAACGAAAAGGCAUGCAUGUGCAGACAGAGAAUGUCUAUAGGAGCCUCAACAGAACCUUAUUGUUUAUUCUUUCAAGGCCUACAGAAUGUGUUGCAGAUCAAAUGACAAAGCUUGAGUGCCUCCAGAAGAUGAUUAUACACAGGACACUCAUGCUGGUUGCAGCAAACUCUGAGGCUGAAUUCAUUCCCUGUCUGUGCUAUUGUCUUCUACAGCUCACAGCUGAUGCUCAGAUCAGUAUGGAGACGGUGCGUCGGACCACCUGGCACAUAAACCCUGCGUCUUUCUCGGACCGCACUAGAAAUGCUGCUGAUAACAGAAGCUUGAGCUCUUCUGAAGAAGGACACCUGUUGGUCGCAUCAGCAGCCUGCAAAGUGUGGGAGAUAGUAUACCUCUCUAAGAGACAGUCCCUGGAAGAGUUAUGCAAGGUGGCACUGCCCGCAGCCGAGGGCAGCACAGGAGGCCAGAUACCCGACCUGCAGAGCCUGUGGGAAGUUCUGCAUGAGCCACUAUGCCGUGCUUGGACCAAUUUUCUGGAUCUUGAGCGCAAGAGUGGCUACACGCGGGAAGUCAUGCAGACGCAGAUGCAGACUGUCAGCCAGAAACUUCAAAAAGUGACCGGUGGACUCUCAAGGCUUGCAAGCCGAAAGAUCAAGAGGGAGCAGGCUCCUAAGGUGCCUCUGAGCACCAUGACAAGCCAGGAGGUGGAAAUGUGGACACAGGUUCACGUUUCCAUUGUACAAGAGCUCGUCGACUUGCAGUUAAAGCGACAUCAGCAGGGUCAACAGCAUCUUCUGAAGGAUGUCUUUGAGGACUGGCUACAGACUGAGUCAGAGCUGACUCAGGAGCGGGGUCUGUGGGGCCCAGUAGAGGGAUCCGCUUUAGACAAGUGGAUGCUUGACAUGACUGAAGCUGGCCCAUGUCGUAUGCGCAAGAAGAUGGUGAAGAAUGACCUGUUCUAUCUACACUACCCAUAUCGACCUGAUGUGGAAGGAGGGGAGAAUCGUGCCUUGAAGUACAAGGUUGCCACGAGCUUCGAUAGCAAAGAGUACUACAAGCAUUGCCGGCCAGACAGCCUUGUAGAGCAUGACACUUUUUCCCCCGAUGUCAUUUCUAUCACCUCUGACGACUGGCCUCAGGAGGGGGACAGCACUGAGGAGCGAGAAAUAGGUUUUCAAGGUCUGCGCACUAGGCUGCAGGCAAAUCGCAGCGUCAGUGGUGAACAGGACGAGGACAGUGAAAGCCUGGACCCUGCGUUGGACGCUUCGGAGCAGGAAGGUGCUGCUCGUAAAGAUGAAUCACCAGACAACCAGAGUGUGCUUCGGCUCCUAGAAAAGGGUGAAAAGAUCACUCACAUGUUCCGGUGUGCACGGGUGCAAGGCCUUGACACAUGUGAAGGCCUAUUGCUGUUUGGGAAAGAGCACUUUUAUGUUGUGGAUGGCUUCACAUUGUUGAAGACCAGGGAAAUUCGAGACAUUGACUCACUGCCAGCCAACAUGCAUGACCCAAUUAUUCCAAACUCUUCCCCAAGGAGCAAGCACCAGAAGAGAAUGUGCAGUAAAUUUUCGUAUGAUGACAUACGUGAAGUGCACAAGCGACGAUACCUUCUGCAGCCAAUAGCCCUGGAAGUUUUCUCAGCCGAUGGGCGCAACUACCUGCUGGUGUUUCCACGCAAAGUCCGCAACAAGGUCUACACUCGUUUCUUGUCGGCAGCCACUGCAAUAACUGACAGUGCCCAGGAGUCCUUGGCAGGGCAGCGCAGAGGUGCCAAUGUAGAGUCUGGGGCAAGUCUGCUUAGCAACCUUAUAGGAGAGACAUCAGUAACACAGCGAUGGCUGAGGGGUGAGAUCAGCAAUUUCCAGUACCUGAUGCAUUUGAACACACUGGCAGGCAGGUCAUACAAUGACCUAAUGCAAUACCCAGUCUUCCCUUGGGUUCUCGCUGACUAUGACUCAGAAGAACUAGAUCUGAAUGAUUCAGCAACGUUCCGCGACUUCAGCAAACCAAUGGGUGCUCAGACAAGCGAUCGCCUCGAACAGUUCAAAAAGCGUUACCGCGAAUGGGAUGACCCUCAUGGAGAGACACCUCCCUAUCACUAUGGUACAUUUUACUCAUCUGCAAUGAUUGUGGCCUCCUAUCUUGUUCGGAUGGAACCCUUCACCCAACAUUUUCUGAGACUACAGGGGGGCCACUUUGACCUGGCAGACCGCAUGUUUCACAGCGUGAAAGAUGCCUGGCUUUCUGCCUCAAAGCACAACAUGGCUGAUGUCAAGGAACUCAUUCCCGAGUUCUUCUAUUUGCCCGAGUUCCUUUUGAACAGCAAUCGGUUUGACCUGGGCUGCAAGCAGAACGGAGUUCAACUCGACAACAUAGUGCUUCCACCUUGGGCAAAGGGAGACCCUCGGGAAUUCAUACGAGUGCACCGAAUGGCUCUGGAGAGCGAUUUUGUGAGUGCUCACUUGCACGAGUGGAUUGACCUCAUCUUUGGCUACAAGCAGCAGGGCCAGCCAGCAGUAGAGGCCGUCAAUGUCUUCCACCACCUCUUCUACGAGGGCAAUGUUGACAUUUACAGUAUUGAUGACCCACUGAAGAAGAAUGCCACCAUUGGUUUCAUCAACAACUUUGGCCAGAUUCCUAAACAGCUUUUCAAGAAACCCCAUCCAUGCAAGAAGCUGACCAACAGAACCAGCGUGGUGGACCCAGGACCUAUAAUGCCUGGCUUGAGCUAUUGCCAUGACAAGUUGUUUUUUCAUAACCUAGACAACCUCAAGCCAUCCCUACAUCCACUCAAAGAGCUAAAAGGCCCCGUCGGUCAGAUAAUACAACAUGAUAAGACGGUGCUGGCAGUGGAACAAAACAAGGGACUCAUUGGACCCCUGUACAACCGAUAUGUUGCCUGGGGAUUCGCUGAUUACAGCAUUCGUAUGGGUCCCUACGAAAGCGAGCGCUGCAACUUUGUCUGGGAAGACGUGCCGUCUGGAGAGAUCCUUUGCUGUGCAUGCCCAGACAGCAAGAUCAUCAUCACAGCAGGCACCAGUUCGGUGGUGACAGUGUGGCAGUUUGACAAGAAGAAAUUGACACUGAAGCAGAACCUUCACGGCCACACGGAGGCAGUCACCUGCCUAGCAGCAUCGCGGCCAUACAAUUUGAUUGUCAGUGGCUCCCGCGACUACACCUGUAUAUUGUGGGACCUGAGCCGCCUCGUCUUCGUGCGCCAGCUGCGAGGCCACACAGCUCCCAUUGCUGCUGUCGCCAUCAAUGACCUUACGGGAGACUUGGCAACCUGUGCUGGCACACACAUUAGCCUGUGGACCAUCAAUGGGCAAGAGGUGGCCAGUGUAAACACCGCUACUGGUCGCAGCGACCGCCUGCAACAGAUACUUUGUGUCUGCUUCUCACAACUAAAUGAAUGGGACAACCAGAAUGUCAUCAUGACAGGCUCCAGUGAUGGUGUCGUCCGGAUGUGGUCUGCUGACUAUGUGCAAAUCCCCAUAGAGGGUAAAAAGCAAGGCCAAAGCAGCACAACCAUAACACCAGCUGUUGUUGAAGAGCCCAGUGUAGCCAUAACACCCGAGAAGUCUUCCUCCCCUCCACCGACACAGUCAGCCCCACAGCAGGAGACAAUGGCCGAGAGGAUAGUUCGCAAGCUCAGCGCAGUUGACACCGAUGAUGUGGACAGCUUUCGAACUCAGCACACUUCUGCUGCCGUGCUCAUUAAGUGCGGCUCAGACAGCUCACUUUCAGAGGACGAUGACUCUGUAAAGAGCUAUGGUCGAGCGGCUACCUCCCCACUCUCUGGCAGCAGUGGAGAGAGUGGCUGGAGGCGCUCCUCUCAGGACCGCCGGCCUUCCCUACUGCAGCAUUCCAAGACAGUGGUGGGCCUUCUGAACACCCAGCAGCAGUCUAAGGCAGCUGCUGAAGCUGAGACUCAGGUAACGAAGUCAACCUUGGCUAUUCCUGAGGAUACAAGGAGCACCGGAGGAUGCACAGCUGAAGAUUCCAAAGGGGCUGCACUUCGCAUCAGCAAGUCAGAGAACUCACUGACCGACACCUUUGUGAUGAUAAAUGAGACGGAUGCACUUGACGCAAACAAGAGCAUUGACGUCCGCAAGCUUAGGCGAAGAAGAAACAUAUUGCGAGAAGGUUUCAAGUGGUCAUGCCAACUUGUGUUUAGAAGUAAAUUGACCAUGCACACUGCAUUUGACAGAAAGGACAACAACGAGCCUGCAGCCGUAACUGCUCUGGCUGUGUCUAAGGAUCACAAGACAGUGUAUGUGGGUGAUGCAAGGGGGCGAGUGUUCACCUGGAGUGUGACCGAGCAUCCUGGCCGAGCCAUGGCCGAUCACUGGGUGCGAGACGAAGGUGGUGACAGCUGCCUAUCCUGCGGGGUGCGGUUCUCCUUCGCUGAGAGGCGUCACCACUGCCGAAACUGUGGCCAGCUCUUUUGCUCCAGGUGCAGUCGUUUUGAAUCUGAGAUCAGCCGCCUGAGGAUACUCAAGCCAGUGCGCGUCUGCCAAACCUGCUUCAACUCGCUGAAGCCCCCUGGGGAAACCUAGGGGCGGGACGCAGCCUUUUCUAGUCAGACAUAUCCCUGGACAUUCCAUAGCUGCUGUAAAGACUCUGUGGGCUCCUGUUGUUCCCCCGAUGGUGUGCUGUAUAUAACGUGCAUGUAAAUAUUGUCCUGUGCCGAGUGGUUUUUAAGUGUGUACAUUAGUGGCGGGCCCAUCCCACCAUGCCGCCAUGUAGCCACGCUUCACAGGUGUCUAAAUGAAGAAAAGAAAAAAAAUAGCACCAGUCAGACGACUAUAGUUGCUAGGCUUCUUGUCACUACCAUGUGUUAUAGCAGGUUGUGUACCACCAAAGUAUAUAUUAUAUAUAAAUAUAUAUAAAAUCCCAGAGUACUCUAUGAGCUGAGCAAUACAUUUAACUGCUAUUUCUUGACCUUUAGAUGCCCAGGUUGUAUUUUAUUAGUUGGUAGGCUGAUGUGCAUGGCUAUGCUUGUGCUAGGGUCUGGAAUAGUGCCUACUCUCUGCUUCGUGAGUGUUGUCUGUAAUGUUUUCACCGCUAAGCAUUGCAAGGGAAUGCACUCUGAAGCACAGAAUUAAAGACUCCAGUUAUGAAAUGCUGCAGGGUCACAAAUCUGUUUGUUAAAAGAUUGUUGGUGGGCGAUGAACCCCACAAAGGAAGCAGAGUGUGAAAACUGUGAAAUGGAGGGCAAGCACUGUUUCAGUAUGUGACAUGGUCCUGCACACAUGCCAUUCCUAUGUCAUUUGGCUACCAGUGCAUGGAAUGAGUGUCAAUUACCAGCAUGUCAGCCUCUGAGACGCUUUUUUUUAACUGACUGUCGUCAACUGUUAGUCAUGAUACAACCCAUAGCACACAAGUUGUUUUUAUUAAUCUUGUUCUUUAACUGAAAGGAAGGAAUGCAUGGCAUGACAGGUCAACCCUGUGAUUCAGUUCUUACGUAUGUGCCUGUAGGCCAUGGAUGGGCAAGUUGAUUGUUAUUAAAAUGCAGCUAUGUUUUAAACACA